UUUUUAUUCAUCAACAUCAUAUAUUAUACUAAGCACACGAUUUAAUUUAGAGAGACAAAUUAAGCAUCAUCUAUCACUUCAAAUUAAUAUAUAUGGAUAACUCCCAGAGCAUGAGCUACCAAGCUGGCCAGACCAAGGGCCAAGCUCAGGAAAAGGGCAACCAGAUGAUGGAAAAGGCAAGCAAUGCUGCCCAAUCUGCAAAGGAAACCCUUCAAGAUGCGGGCCAGCAAAUGCAGGCAAAGGCACAAGGCGCAGCGGACGCGGUUAAGAAUGCAAUGAGCAAGUACUACUUCGAAAUUCCAGCUAAAAUUCAGGCUGCGAGUGAAAGCACUCCUGCCAUCCCACUGAUGAUAACGAGCAUGGGGACGACCUUUGCCCCGAUCACCACUGCUCAAUUUGCUGCUAACCCGGCGAAUGCUCAGGCUCUACAGGGCUAUCAACAGGUGAUGGCCAUGAUGCAACAGGUAGGGGGCUUCAUGCCAUUUGCCUAUCCCGGCAUGAUGCCACCAGUCAUGAGUCCUAUGGCACCCCCGGUUUCGACGCCAUCGACAUUCGUUCCUAGAAUGGUCCCUAUACGUCCGAGGACCAUGAAUGAAGCAGCGCCCUCGAAUGUCCAUGAGGUCGAUGAGGCGGAGCAGGAGGCAGCCCGCAGGAGGAAGGGUAAGGCUAUAGCCAAACCCAGCAAGACCCGAGAUUUGGCGUUCAAACGCCUAGGGGACAAAGAGGAUGGACCCCGCAAGUCUGCCAAGCUACGUCUUGGUCCUGAGAUGGGCUGGACUAGCGCAAUGGAAAGACUUGGCAGGAAUCGUCCUGCCCAAUCUCGUCGUUCUAGGGAAUCUGAGACGAUUCACCUAGACGAGGAAGAGGCCGAAAGUCAACCCAGAGCGUCGGCAUACGCUAGGCUCUCAUAUGAUGAGGAUGACCUGGACAAGAUAGGGAGCGUAGCAAGAAAGCUACGCGUCCUGGAGGAAAAAGUAGAAGAGAAGGCAGGAGCAAAGAAGCACACCCUGGAAAAAUCACCUUUUUCGGCCAGGGUACAUGCACACAAAUUGAGGCAGAAGGUCAAACUGGACGUGGAGAAAUUCACUGGAAAGGAGGAUCCAAACGUCCACCUUGACACCUUCCAUAAUGGAGCGCAAAUGGCCGGGUGUACCGAUGCUAAAGAAUGCCUGCUUUUCUUCUCAUCGUUGAGAGGGAGGCCAGUGGAAUGGUUUAACAGCCUUCCUCAUGGUAAGAUCGGGUCCUUUGAGAAACUUGCUGAAGUUUUUCGCAAGAAGUACCAGGACAAUUGCAUCAAGAGGAAGAAGUUUACCUACCUUAAUGCGGUAGGGCAGAGGGAGAAGGAGUCCCUCACCCAGUUCUUAACUCGCUGGAGGGACGAGGUUGACAAAGUAGAAGAGAUGGACGACAAGACGGCCAUGUCUUUGCUGAAGAAUGCCUUCCGGUCGGGUGACCUCUACACUGAAUUUUGUAGAAGGCCACCCUCCUCUUAUCAGGAAGCCUACAAUACGGCAUGGGAGUAUGCGGAGGCGGAGGUCCUAAACAAGAGAAAACGAGAACUUGAAGAAGGUUAUAUGGAGGUCAAGACCGAGAAGCCAAAGAAGGACGACCAUAUGGGAGGGUCCAGGCCAAGGACCACAUAUGAUGGGACGGUCCACCAAAUUAGGGAUGAGAAGAAGGGAGAACAAUCCAAGUGGCCUUGGACAGAGAAGUGGUGUACCUAUCACCAAUCUGACUCCCACAACACGGCAGACUGCCGAAAUGUCAAGGCUGUGCUCAAGGAGAUGACCUUGAAAGGGGACUUGGAUGAAGUAUUCGUUACGGGGCUUGAGGAAGACCCAUAGGCGAGUACUUGAAUCCACCCACAUGAAUAUGAUCAAGGAAAGAAGAGAGGGUGGAUAAGAUGUGGUCAAGAUUACUAAGCUUGCUGUAGACGGAUCAGUCUUGAUGUCUAAGACCUGGACCGUUGCAUGGGCUGAUAGCAAAAAAAAGAAACCCUUGAGAUAGGGGCCUUGAUUUUGAGAUCACUCUCUACAAAUCAUCUUGAUUGUAGAUAAUGAAUUUGAGAGAGAAGCUGCAAAAGUUCUUAAGGGAGACUUCUUUGGAAAGUAGGGAGGAAAAGGUGGGAAUGCUAAAAUUCCACAAUUGCUCACUCUUUAAUUAAAAUCAUCGUGGCUACGGUGUACUACAUUUGGAGCACAAGGAAUGCGAUCUCUCACUAGCUAUUGCAUAUUUUUGGUU